AUGUCUGCUGAAGGAGAGAUGGAGGAAGAAGGAGAGUUAGUGACAGAGAAAAACUAUGUAGGGAGAAAAAAGAAAAAUAGGGCAGUAAUAAAUGAGAGAGAGAGAGAGAGAGAGAGAGAGAGAGAGAGAGAGAGAAAUAAUAGUAGUAGUAGUAGUAGUAGUAGUAGUAGUAGUAGCAAUCGUAGUAGUAGAAGUAGAACACCAGUGAUAGUGGCAGUGGUCGAGGCAGUGCAUAACAAUAAUAAUAAUAAUAAUAAUAGUAGUAGUAGUAGUAGUAGUAGUAGUAGUAGUAGUAGUAGUAGUAGUAGUAGUAGUAGUAGUAGUAGUAGUAGUAGCAGCAGCAGUAGUAGUAGUAGUAAUAAGGAAGCAAGGAGAGCGUUAGUGGUGGUGACUCAGACCUGUAUCAACCUGGGGACAGUUUCAUGUGGUGAUGGCCGUGCUCAGCUCAGUAACUUGCAGGCUACACCGUCACAUUAUGAUACCCAGAGCAAGACGGCGAGAUUAAAAGAGACCAGUGAUUAG